CCGGGCGGGGCGGGGGCAGCCGGAGCCACCUCCCCCGGGCGGCACCGCGAAGCACCGUGGGGGUCGCGCUGCCGCCGCCGCUCCCGCAGGGUUCCGCCGCUGCCCCGUCCUGCUGCCCGGCAUGAGCUCCGCGCCCGGCCCCGGCCGGGAGCCGCCCCGGUACCUCAGCAAAGCGGAGGCGGAGGCCAUCGAGAAGGAGCUGCUGGAGGAUUACCGGUUCGGGCGGCAGCAGCUGAUCGAGAUCUGGGGACACGCCUGUGCCAUGGCUGUGACCAAGGCCUUCCCGCUGCCAUCCCUGCCGCGAAAGCAGCCCACGGUGCUGGUGGUGUGUGGCCCAGCGCAGAACGGUGCCAUCGGGCUGGUGUGUGCUCGGCACCUGCGGAUCUUUGACUACGAGCCCACCAUCUUCUACCCCAAACGUUCCCCGGACCCCCUGUACCGGGAUUUCACGACGCAGUGCGAGAAGAUGGACAUCCCCUUCCUCUCCUACCUCCCCACCGAGGUGCAGCUGAUCAACGAUGCCUACAACGCCGUGGUGGAUGCCGUGCUGGGAGCCGAGGCGGAGGCGGGCGAGGGGAGGGAGCCCUGCGCCGCCAUCCUGGCCACCCUGAAGCACGUCCGCAUCCCCAUCGUCAGCCUGGACGUGCCCUCAGGGUGGGACGUGGAGGCCGGGAGCAGCGGCGGGAUCAGCCCCGACGUGCUGGUGUCACUGUCGGCGCCCAAGCAGUGCGCCCGCCGCUUCCUGGGCCGCCAGCACUUCGUGGCCGGUCGGUUCCUUCCCUACGACGUGCAGAAGAAGUUCGAGCUCAACCCACCCGAGUACCCCGGCACCGAGUGCGUGGUGGCCCUGCGAGCCCCCCGGCAAUAAAGCGCUUGGCGGCUUCUG